CAAAAGUUCACAGUAAGAAAUGUCAAGCCAAAAAAUUUACUAUGCUAAUCUACGAGGCAUUCCGGUGGAAGAACGAGAAGAUCGCAUCACCAACCUACGAAAUUAUAAGUAUGUUGCGGUGGACAAGUCGAUACUAAGUAACUACGUGCUGAACAGGCUGUGGGAGCGUGCUGUCAAUUUAUUUCCUGCAUGGCUUGCGCCCAAUUUAAUCACAGUAUUUGGUUUUCUAUUCAUUGUUUUUGCAUGCUUGCUUAAUGUUUACUACGAUUACGAGAUGCUCGGUGUUGCGCCCUCAUUCGUUUAUUACAACAACGCUUUGUGUCUCUUCAUAUACAUGAUGUUUGAUGCUGUGGACGGAAAGCAGGCCCGCAGGACAAAAAGCGGAUCGCCGCUCGGACAGCUUUUUGACCAUGGAAUAGAUUCUGUGGUGGCCACUUUGUCGGUGAUAAUGUUCGCGUCUGCGAUGGGACUGGGCCGAUCACUGGAAUCCUUUCUGUUUUUGGCAUCUUCCAAACAUGUUUUCUACUUCGUAGGCUUUGAAGAAUAUUUCACGCAUGCAUUUGUGUUGGGCCAUGUCAACGGACCGACUGAAGGAAUCCUGUCGGGUAUCCUUGUUUUCUUGAUAUCCGCUGUUUUUAAGCCGUCAUGCUGGUCAUGGGUGUUACAGUAUGAUCUGAGUUCGUACGUUUCAAAUAUUUCGCUUCUGGGGUUCUUCUUUGUCAUAGUGGUUCCUAUAUGUGGCGCCAUUUCAUCCAUCAGAAACAUGAAAACCGGUGACAAGCUUACCAUUUUGCUUCACAUGCUCGUACCAUCGAUAUUUUACAUAUGCUUCUACAUUUAUUUGAGGCAGAUCAAGAAUACUUUCAAUUACUAUGUUCUGCUGUUGACAGAGGCUCUCAACUUUUUCAUACUAGUGCUUGAGAUGAAUUACGCCCAUCUAACACGAAGCGAGAUUCCUAUAGCUUGGCCAUCAGUCACUUUAUUCGUAUUCGGUGUGUAUUUCACGUACCGAAAUAUCUACCUUUAUGGCCUGUUCGUCAUUUCACUUAUAAGCAGCUGCCUGAUCGCUUGGUGUAUUUCCAAUGAGAUUUGUGAUAUCCUGCACAUCAAGUGCUUUACCAUUUCAAAUGAGGAAGUUAAGAAUAAAAAAUGUUAAGUCCAUA